CGAUUACGAUCGAUGACUGAUAUCUGAAUCAUCAGCUGGCUUUUAUCUCACCGAAGAAGAAGCAUUGAUUAAGAUAAUGUACCACGGCGGCUACACUGCUGAAAUUACAAGAUUAUCUCCAAAAGCUACGGAGAAGGAUGUUGACUUUUUGGCAUAUUGCGGUUCAAUUCAGCAUGUUGGAAUCAUCAGAUGCGGGGAUGACUCGUGCACAGCAUAUGUGACUACAUUUGAAGAUCCAUAUUCGCUGCAAACUGCGGUUUUACUCUCAGGAGCUAUGAUUGUUGAUCUGUCUGUAUGCAUAUCAAGGUGGGGAUCGUACAUGGACGAUGCAUAUCCUUCGGAUGGUUCAAAAUCGCGAUUUAUUUUGACACCCGGAGAAGCUGUAUCUGUUGUCAAAACGAUGCUGGGCAAGGGAUAUGUUUUGGACAAAGAUGCCAUUAUGAAGGCCAAAGAGCUGGACGAAUCCUAUCGGCUCUCAGCUACUGCAGCAGCCAAAGUUGCUGAGCUUAGCAAUAGAAUCGGCCUUACCAAAGACAUCAACACCAGCAUGGAAACUAUAUUAUCAAUGGAUGAGAAGUAUCAUGUUUCAGAUAUCACCAAGUCCGUUGCAUUAGCUACCGGGAAAGCAGCUUUAAUGGCGGUGACUUUUACCGGGAGAAUUGCUGUAGCCGCUGCCAAUGCUGUAGUCAAUAGCAGCUACUUCUCCAAGGGGGCGCUUUGGGUUUCCGAUAAGUUGAGAUGUGCCGCCCAAGCUGCUGCCGAUUUUGGUAGCCAUGAAAAUACGUAAACAAAUGCGUAAAAUUCAAGCGAUAGCUGUAACAUGUCUGAAAAAGAAAAGGAAAUAUGACAUGUAUAACAUUUUGUGUGGAAUCUGGAUUUUGC